AUGUGGAAAGCCUCUGCAGGCCACGCCGUGUCCAUCACCCAGGAUGACGGGGGUGCAGACGACUGGGAAACGGACCCCGAUUUUGUGAAUGAUGUGAGUGAGAAAGAACAGAGAUGGGGAGCCAAGACCGUGCAGGGUUCUGGGCACCAGGAGCACAUCAACAUCCACCAGCUGAGAGAGAAUGUUUUUCAAGAGCACCAGACCCUCAAGGAGAAGGAGCUGGAGACAGGACCCAGAGCCUCCCACGGCUACGGAGGGAAGUUUGGCGUGGAGCAAGACAGAAUGGACAAGUCAGCUGUUGGCCACGAGUAUCAGUCAAAACUCUCCAAGCACUGCUCGCAAGUCGACUCAGUCCGGGGUUUUGGAGGCAAGUUUGGUGUUCAGGUGGACAGAGUUGAUCAGUCUGCUGUAGGCUUUGAAUACCAGGGAAGAACAGAGAAGCACGCCUCCCAGAAAGACUACUCGAGUGGCUUCGGCGGCAAGUACGGCGUGCAGGCGGACCGCGUGGACAAGAGCGCCGUGGGCUUCGACUACCAGGGCAAGACGGAGAAACACGAGUCUCAGAGAGAUUAUUCCAAAGGCUUUGGUGGCAAAUACGGGAUCGACAAGGACAAAGUGGACAAAAGUGCCGUCGGCUUCGAGUACCAAGGCAAAACUGAGAAGCACGAGUCGCAGAGAGACUAUGUGAAAGGGUUUGGAGGAAAAUUUGGUGUGCAGACAGACAGACAAGAUAGAUGUGCCCUUGGCUGGGAUCACCAGGAGAAGUUGCAGCUGCACGAGUCCCAAAAAGAUUAUAAGACUGGUUUCGGAGGCAAAUUUGGUGUUCAGUCCGAGAGACAGGACUCCUCUGCUGUGGGGUUUGAUUACAAGGAGAAACUGGCCAAGCACGAGUCCCAGCAAGAUUACUCCAAAGGAUUUGGUGGAAAAUAUGGAGUGCAGAGGGACCGGAUGGACAAGACGGCGUCACCCUUUGAAGAUGUGACGAAGGUGUCCUCCGCUUAUCAGAAGACAGUCCCUGUUGAAGCUGGUGCGGGGGAGGCCUGUGUGCAUGCUGUCCACGUGUGCGGUGUCUGCGUGUGCCGUCUGCAUGCGUGCCGUCUGCGUGUGCUGUCUCCACCUGUGCCCUGUGCCCGCGUGCUCGGCCUGCUGUUUCCCGGGUACAAGGUUGGGAAUGCAGAAUUCACUGGAGCAGCAGAUCUGCUCUUUGCCAGAGCACUUGGUGCUGUGGCUUGGGACUGCUGCUUUUCCACGCGCUUCUCUAUCCUGUCUUCAGCCCACAAGGAGCAAGCCAGGGCCAAAAAGCAGACACCGCCCGUGUCCCCCACUUCUCAGCCGGCUGCAGAGGAGCCGCUUUCCAGCCCUGUGUAUGAGGGCUUCCCGUGUGUGCAGGCGGCACUGUCCAUCUUGGCCCUGUCCUUGUUCUCUGACCACGGAGGGCUGUCCACGCAGACCCUGGCCAGAAACGUUGAGGAAAACACCUACGACGAAUAUGAAAAUGACCUCGGCAUCACAGCUAUCGCUCUCUACGAUUACCAGGCUGCUGGCGACGAUGAGAUCUCGUUCGACCCCGAUGACAUCAUCACCAACAUCGAGAUGAUUGACGACGGCUGGUGGCGCGGGGUGUGCAAAGGCCGGUACGGGCUCUUCCCGGCCAACUACGUGGAGCUGCGGCAGUAGACGUGGCGGGUGCAGCCUCGCUGCCUUACGCCUGCCGCCGCCGCGGCUUCCACACUAGGAGUCAUGCCUUUCG